AUGGAAAAUUUGAUUGGGAGUGAUGAUGAUAAUGCAGAGUAUGAAGGGGAUGGAGAAUCUGAAGAGGGUAAUCAAGAGUAUGAAGAGGAUGAUGAAUCUCAAGAAAGUGAUCCAAAUUUUGAAGAGUAUGAUGAAUCUGAAAAUAGUGAUCCAGAGUAUGAAGAAGAUGAGAGACAAAUAGAAGAUGAAGAUCAUAUGGAUGACAUAAUGGAUGUUGACAACAAUAUACAGGAUGUGGAUGUGGACAUGGGAGAUUUCACUCUCAAUGUUGAAAGUGAUGUGGAAGGUGGGCAUGAACCUGAAGAUAUGGAAGUGAUUAACAAUGAGGAAUUUGAAUCUUUGGAUGAAGGAUCCGACCAAGACAGAGAGAGAAGAGCUCUUAUCAAGAAUUUGAGAAAAGAAAAAAGGUGCAGUCUUGGGGUAGUACAUAAACAAUCUUUUUCAGUUGGAGAUAAAUUUAAUAGUAAAAAAGAAUUAAAGGAGGCAAUUGAUCUGCAUGCACUAGAAUCAAGAAGGAAUCUUUUCUUUAAAAAAAAUGACAAUGUAAGGCUUAGGGCACAGUGUAGAGGUGUUGUACCUGUCACCAAUAAAGGCCAAGUGGGUAGUCAAGCUACCACUUCAAAAAGAAAGGGUAAAGAAUUAAAGACACAAAAAGUAACAUGUGGUUGGUACAUUCAUGCAUCUAGGUCAAAUCCUGAAUCCGACUGGUUUAUAAGGACCUUAAACCAAACUCACACAUGUUUGCAAACAAGGAAACUCAGGGCUUGUACUGCUUCUUUAAUCAGCAAGAAAAUCUUUGAUCAAGUUGAGGCGAAUCCAGAUAUACCUUUGAGAGCCAUACAAGAUCACUUUCAAAAGACCUACCAAGUGGGUGUUAGUAUGGACAAGGUGUUCAGGGAAAAGGAUAAGGCAAGAAAGCAUAUAACUGGUGACUACACAAAGCAGUAUGAACUGUUGAGGGACUAUGUUCUCGAACUUCAAGCCACCAACCCAGACACCACAGUGAAAAUAGAUGUAUGUUCUGAGCCUAACCCUGAUUCCCCAACUAGGCAGUUUAGAAGAAUUUAUGUGUGCUUGGGUCCACUGAAAAAAGGGUUCAAGGCAUGCCUUAGGGACUUAUUAGGUUUUGAUGGUGCCUUCAUGAAAGGACCAUUCCCUGGGCAAGUCCUUUCAGCAGUUGGUCUUGAUUCCAAUAAUGGAAUUUACCCAUUAGCAUAUGGGAUUGUUGAGUCUGAAAACACAGAAAGCUGGAAAUGGUUUUUAGAUAACCUUGGGGAUGACUUGGACCUUGGAAGAAACUCAAAUUUUAAUUUCAUAAGUGACCGGCAAAAGGGUUUACAUACUGCAGUUGAGCAAAUUUUUCCCAAUGCUGAGCAUAGAUAUUGUAUCAGACAUAUUCAUGACAAUAUGAGGAAAAGAUGGAGGCAAACAGAGUACAUGGACCACUUAUGGAGGUGUGCAUCAGCUACCACCAUUCCUGAGUUUGAACAUUUGAUGAAGGAGUUUAGUCAGUAUGAUAAGGAGGCAUGUGAAUGGUUGAAGCAAAUUCCUCCUAAACAUUGGGCAAGGAGUCAUUUUUCAGGAAGAGCAGUUUCUAAUGUGUUGAUAUCAAACAUGUGUGAAGUGUUUAAUGGGAAGAUAGAGAAAGGAAGGGAUAAACCUGUCAUUGGAUGUUUAGAAUUCAUAAGGGAGUAUCUAAUGAAGAGGAUAUGCAAUGUCAUGAAGGAAAUGAAAAAGGCUAAAGGUCCACUAACACCCACAGCAACAGACAUCCUAACUGCAAGAAAAACAGUUGCUUCACAAUACAUUGCUAGGUGGAAUGGGGGAGACAAACAUGCAAUUGCAACUCUGAAUGAGAUGAGUAAAGACCCAGAGGCUGAGCUUGACAUUUACAAAUGGGUUCACAAGGUGUAUUUUCUAGAGACACGGAAAAAGGCUUAUUCUUUUAAGGUGGAGCCAAUUAAGGGUAGAUCCAUGUGGCCCAAAAGUGAAUGUCCCACAAAGCUAAUCCCUCCUCCACAUCGCACUCAGGUGGGAAGGCCUAAGAAAAAGAGAAGACAAAGUGAGGGUGAAAGGUUAAGCAAAAAGCAGAAGGCAAGUCAAGGUGAUGGAGUGAAUGCUGCACAAGAAGGAGGUUCCCAAAAACCAACAAAUGAUGGAGUGCAGAAGCUAUCAAGGAAGCAUAUCAGUGUUACCUGUAGCAAAUGCAAGAACAAGGGACACAACUCUAGGACCUGUAAAGGGCAAGGUGGGAAUCAAUCCAAGAAGUAA